AUGGCGGAUACUGAUACUAAUGGUGCUACUACGACUGAGGAGGAUCGUGAGGUGGAGAUCUUCUCGACCCCCGACCACCGCGGCGACGGCGACGCCAAGUUGAAGCAGAAGAUUGAAGCUCUGGAGCUUCAGAACGGGUCGCUGGUGCAGGAGAACGAUGAAUUCAAGGACCAGGUCGCGAAGUUGCAAGCGGAGAUGGAAUCACUGAAAUCGGAGGAAUCGGAGAUGAUGCAGAGGCUGGAAGAGUUGGAGAGCGAGCUUGAGCAGUCGGAAGAGACCAAAAACACGCUGGAUUCGAUAGCUGCUCGGGCCGGGGAUCUGGAGAUCGAGGUCUCGAGGCUCCAGCACGAUCUGAUUACGUCGAUGGGCCAAGGUGAGGAUUACGCUACCGAGGUUGCUGAACUGAAGAAGGUGCUGGGAGACAUGGAGGUGAAACUGGACGAGGCAAAGAAACAGAAGGCAGAGAACGAGAAGAGAGUGAGGGAAUUGGAGAGGAAAGUUGGGGUUCUUGAGGUGAAGGAAACCGAGGAGAAGAGUAAGAAGAUUAGGUUGGAAGAGGAGACCAGGGACAGACUUGCUGAGAAGGAGAAGGAGCUGGUGAAGUACAAGAAGCGAGUGGAGGAGUUGGAGAACGAGUUGGCCAAGAAGGCCGAACUGGAAGAGAAGCUUAGGGUUUCAGAGAGCAGGACCAGGGAAGUGGAAAUGAGGAUGGUGGAGCUGCAGAAAGAGGCUGAAGAUGCCGAGAAAGUGAUUGUAGCGCUGAAACAGAAAGCUGUCGAAACCGUGAAUGGGUUCGAGACAGAUGGUAGAGAGGAUAAAGAAGAGUUUGUGGAGUGGCCAGCUACGGCGGUGGUCAUUGGAUCAACAGGCGCUAUUGUUGUUGCUGCAGCUGCUGUGGCCUAUUUCAUCUACGCAAGGAGGCAUUGA